AAUCCUACUCUCCACCUUAUAGCAGCAGUUUCGUCUCUUCCUCCUCCUUUCACUUAGCUCUUCCUAGUGUUAAACCAGAGUAAAGCUUGAAAGUUGAAACUUUGGGCUAAAAGAAUGGCGUCUUUGGGUGUGUCGGAAAUGCUUGGUACUCCUCUUAACUUCAGGGCAGUUUCAAGAUCGUCUGCUCCGUUGGCAUCAAGCCCGGCCACGUUCAAGACUGUUGCUCUGUUCUCUAAGAAAAAGCCAGCUCCUGCUAAGUCCAAGGCUGUCUCCGAGACUAGCGACGAGCUCGCCAAGUGGUAUGGUCCUGACAGGAGAAUUUUCUUGCCUGAUGGUCUUUUGGACAGAUCAGAGAUCCCAGAGUACUUAAACGGUGAAGUUGCUGGAGAUUAUGGUUAUGACCCAUUUGGUCUUGGAAAGAAGCCUGAGAACUUUGCUAAAUACCAAGCCUUUGAAUUGAUCCACGCCAGAUGGGCUAUGUUAGGAGCAGCUGGUUUCAUCAUCCCUGAAGCUUUAAACAAAUACGGCGCUAACUGUGGCCCUGAAGCUGUCUGGUUUAAGACUGGUGCUUUGCUUCUUGAUGGAAACACAUUGAACUACUUUGGCAAGAACAUCCCAAUCAACCUUGUUCUCGCCGUCGUUGCUGAAGUUGUUCUCCUCGGUGGAGCCGAGUAUUACAGAAUCACCAACGAAUUGGAUUUUGAGGACAAGCUACACCCUGGAGGUCCAUUUGAUCCUCUAGGACUCGCUAAGGACCCUGAGCAGGGAGCUCUUCUCAAGGUCAAAGAGAUCAAGAACGGGAGACUAGCCAUGUUUGCAAUGCUCGGUUUCUUCAUCCAAGCUUAUGUGACCGGAGAAGGUCCAGUUGAGAACCUUGCAAAGCAUCUCAGUGAUCCUUUUGGAAACAACUUGCUUACCGUCAUCGCUGGAACUGCCGAGAGAGCUCCCACUCUCUAAGCCAUUUCUACUUUUUAAGAGCUUCCAAAAUGUACACUUUGUUCGAUUGGAACUCCUUUUGACAAUGUUAAAAAACUUCCAUCUGAAUCUUCUUGAUAUAUUUCAAUGGUGCUUUAUCAAUGCUUCUAAGGAUAUACAUAGUCACCCAUUGGUUUUAUAUUUGGUCAUUUGUUGUUACCAAGAAAGUUCUGUCACAAUU